CGCAGCCGGUCCCUCUGCCGGUCCCUCUGGUCUGCCUGUCCCGCGCCAGGGUCCCGCGCCAUGAGCUCCACGCAGUUCAACAAGGGUCCGUCCUACGGGCUCUCGGCCGAGGUCAAGAACCGGCUCCUGUCUAAAUAUGACCCCCAGAAGGAAGCUGAGCUCCGGAGCUGGAUAGAAGGACUCACGGGCCUCUCCAUUGGCCCUGACUUCCAGAAGGGUCUGAAAGAUGGGGUUAUCCUAUGCACACUCAUGAACAAGUUGCAGCCGGGCUCCAUCCCCAAAAUCAACCGAUCUAUGCAGAACUGGCACCAGCUAGAAAACCUCUCCAACUUCAUCAAAGCCAUGGUCAGCUAUGGCAUGAACCCCGUGGACCUGUUUGAAGCCAACGACCUGUUCGAGAGCGGGAAUAUGACACAGGUGCAGGUGUCUCUGCUUGCGUUGGCGGGAAAGGCCAAGACCAAGGGGCUACAGAGUGGUGUGGACAUCGGGGUCAAAUAUUCAGAGAAACAGGAGCGAAACUUUGACGACGCAACCAUGAAGGCCGGCCAGUGCGUCAUCGGGCUGCAGAUGGGCACCAACAAAUGUGCCAGCCAGUCUGGCAUGACGGCCUAUGGUACCAGGAGACAUCUCUACGACCCCAAGAACCACAUCCUGCCCCCCAUGGACCACUGCACCAUCAGCCUCCAGAUGGGCACCAAUAAGUGUGCCAGCCAGGUGGGCAUGACAGCACCAGGGACCCGGAGGCACAUCUAUGACACCAAGCUGGGCACCGACAAGUGCGACAACUCCUCCAUGUCCCUGCAGAUGGGCUACACACAGGGCGCCAACCAGAGCGGCCAGGUCUUCGGACUGGGGCGGCAGAUAUACGACCCCAAGUAUUGCCCACAGGGCUCUGCAGUUGACGGGGCUCCCACCGGGGGUGAUGGCCAAGGCGAGGCCCCUGAAUACCUGUCCUACUGCCAGGAGGAAGCCAGCUACUGAGCACCCAUGGGUGCCAGCUCCCCGCCUUGCAUCGGCUGCCCUGUGUGGGUUUGGGGGUUUUCAUUGUGUUGUUUUGUGUUUUGAAACUGGUCAUCUCUUUGUAGCUAUCUCUGGCCUGGAACUCAUGCAAUCCUUCUGCCUCAGCUUCCCGAGGAUUGGGGUGACAGCUCCCUCCUCACCCAACCAUGCCUCGCUUCCUUUCCAGGACUGACCCACCAGGCAGGGAACAUGGGUGUCCUUGGUGGGAUAGCGAGGCAGUGCAUUUCCUAGUGGGAGGGGCGGUGGGAGGGGCCGGCCCCAAAGAGCUUUCGGUUUCUUCCUCUCUUUCACAUGGUUUUUGUGGUUUGUGAACCAAGGAAAUUACAGGCAAUUUCUUUUUUCUUUUUCUUUUUUCCGGAGCUGGGGACCGAACUCAGGGCCUUGGGCUUGCUAGGCAAGCGCUCUACCACUGAGCUAAAUCCCCAACCCCUACAGGCAGUUUCAAUGAAAGAAGAGAAGGAGUUUUGUACUUUGUUUGCUCCCAAAGGUAUCGGGUUCACCAGGCUUUAAAAUACUGCGGGCAUUCCAAGGGAUUAAAUUUGCUUUCCCAACACCCUCAGACUUCACCCUCCUGUGCCCAGUGGGGAAACUGAGGCAAACCCCAGUACCUGCAGCCAGCCCUCCCUCGUCCCUUUGGUCUAUGAAGGUCUCAGUUCUCCCUGCGUCCCUUGAGCAAGCCCAAUUAGCUGUGCUAGGUCCCUGGGUCUCUGAAAAUGCCCCACGUGACCAUGUGACCCACAGGGGCCCCUGCGCUGCCAGAUAAUGUGAAAUUCCCUGUGUGGACCAAAAAUUAAAAAAAAUAAAAAAAAUAAAAAUAAAACCUCCUUUUCUAA